GGAGACUUCGCCUACAUCACAGACAACGCCUUCACAAAGGCUCAGAUUCUGGUGAUGGAGCAGCUGAUUCUGAGGGCCCUCAACUUUGAGCUGGGACGCCCUCUUCCUCUCCACUUCCUGAGACGGGCUUCCAAAGUGGGAAACUCUGAUGUAGAGAGACACACGCUGGCCAAGUACCUGAUGGAGUUGACGCUUCUUGACUACAACAUGGUGCACUAUCGGCCCUCUGAGAUCGCUGCUGCUUCUCUGGCGCUCUCCCAGCUGCUGCUGGUAGCCCUGCCCUGGUCUCCUCAGCAGCAACACUACUCCACUUAUGACGCCACCCAUUUGAAGCCCAUCAUGCAGCACAUCGCCAAAAACAUAGUGAUGGUCAACGAGGGGAAGACAAAGUUCAUGGCUGUGAAGAACAAGUACUCGAGCAGCAAGCUGAUGAAGAUCAGCCUCAUCCCUCAUCUGAACUCGGCCAUCGUCAAGACCAUGGCAGCCGCUCUGCUCGGCAAUCCUUGAGAACUUUUAGAUCAGUGGACGUUUCACUUGCACUUUAUUUAAGAUUGAUUGCAAUCUGUGGAAACUACACUUCAAAUGAUUUUAUUUUUGCGCAAAUUUCAGAAUUUUAGCCACUGUUUUUACACGGAUGAUGUUUUGACGAAACUCUUUACGGUACAUCAGAUGUUCCUCCAAUGCACCUUGAACUGCAGUUCCAAGCUAGCGUUUAGAUGAUGCAUCGCUUCCAAUCAGAAGUUGUGUGCAACGAGAUUGUUCUUUCUAGUUUGUUUACCAUCUGAUUUCUUAAGUCUACCUCAUGAGUAUUGUGUUUUUGCUUUCUUAAAAAACAUUUGAAGACACUUUAAGAUAAUUACUGUUUUAUCAUGCUUUUUUUGUAUGUGUUAUGUUGGAUAUAACAGUAUUUACUCUUUUUUUUUUAACUAAAGAGGUUUUAAAUGGCUGAGGUUGUAUUUUCAUUUUUGUACAUGUUUCAUAAUGACAGCUGGCUGAUGUAUGGAUUUGUUAAUCCAUUAGGUUUUUGUUUAGUAACUAAUAUUUAUAUGAACGUGUUGGUGAAUCCCCACUAACAUUUAUAUUUAUUUGCAACCAUUUCAAAAUUAUUAAACCUUUAAAUGAAAAUGCAAACUUCUUUUUUUUA